GGCCCGGCUGCAAGGGGCUGCAGCGCCGCAAACCCAGCCCCGCCUCGGAGCGGUCCCUGCCCCUGCCCUGCCCAGCCCGCAGCGGGCCCCCCCUGCCCUGGCCAAGCCCCUGCCGGGCCGGUUCGCCCACCGGUGCUGCGGGCUCCCCGGCUAGUCUGGCGUAGCCCCCCGGCCCUGCCCAACGCCUCUCCGGCUGCAGCGCCCCCCCGCUCCCCGCAGCAUCCUCAGCCGGCCCUGGCAGCGCGCCCGCCUCGCCCCCGCCUGUCCUGCCCGGCUGCGUCCCUCCGCCUUGGCUGCGCCGAGCCCCGGCCGGAUGCUGCAGCUGCUGCGGGGACCAGACGGACUUGGGCUCGAGCCUUGUCCUCCUGCCCCUUGCGCCGGGACCGGGCGCUCCGGCGGCAGCUCGCCCCGACCCUGCCCCGCCGCUGGCGGCUGCGGGGGGUCCCCGAGGUGCCCCGGCACAGCGGAUGGCGGCGGACGGGAGCAGCGCCCGGCUCUGCCGGAGCUGGCCGGCGGCGGCUCUGCUGGGUUUACAGCUCUUCUCCAUGGCUGUCACCUUGGAGGUCUCAGUGGGGAAAAACUACCUUGUGAUGGCUCUGAACGGCUCAGAAGUGCAGCUGCCCUGCAUCUUCACCACUUGCAUAGGAUUCAAGAACCUUGACUUCACUUGGUAUUACAACAGCACUGACCUGAUAUACCACGGGAUGAUACAGAACAAAGCAUCCGAGCCAACGAUGCUAUACGCAGACUCUCGGGUUCGGUUCAUUGGCACAACCACCGGGAAGGAAAACAACAUCUCCAUCUCCAUGUUUGUGGACUUCGAUGACGCUGGGAAGUACACCUGCCAUGUCAGGAACCCAAAGGAAAUGAAUGCUGAACACAAUGCCACCAUCAUCCUCAAGGUGGUCCAGGAGCUGGUACCAGUGGACAACACGCUGACGCGCAUCAUCGUGGGAACCGUGGGCGGGCUCGUCGGCCUCCUCGUCCUCAUCCUUGUCAUCAAGAAAAUCAUCCUACUCAUCCUCAAAAAGUCUCAGGAGAAGAAGAAGGAGUGCCUCGUGAGCUCCUCAGGGAUCGACAACACUGAGAAUGGUCUGGCGGGCUCCAAGGCGAAACAGAAAGCUCCACCAAAGGCAUGAAGCAAACUCGGUCUGACCCACGAGGCAGCAAAACUCUAAUGGCGGGGGGGAGGGGAAAUCUAUUUUAUUUUGAAACUAACCAUGCUUGAGACAUCUCUGUAUUAUGCACAGGCCUGCAAUUCGCGCCGCUCCUCAGCCCAGACUUGGAAUGCCGUGUGGCCUGGGAGCAGGCUGUGAUCCCAGCAGGGGAAAGGGAGCAGGCCAGCUCCAUUCUCUCUGGGAGGAGGUGGGAACUCCCUGAGCUGGAGCUGGGGUGUGUGUGUGUGUUUUCACGUGGUGCGUGCGUGAGAGCGGCUGGUUCAGCACACACACAGACUGGGCGUGAGGGCGCUGAGCAGAAACGGUGCCUUGCGAAGCUGAGAGGGUGGCGGAGGGGGGUGUCGCCUGCCUGGCUCCCAGGGGUGCUAACCGCUGGGAGGAGGCUGUGCAUCAGGCAGAGGGCAGCUAGUUCCUGGAGCAGAGCCCGCUGGCGCGCAAGGCUGCAUGGAACGCUAGCAGUAGAGAGAGAUGCACCUGUCCCUGCCUGAGCAUGGAGCUGGCUCAAGGAGAAAGGGGGCUCUGCUGCCAAGUACGCUUCUGAACCAAAUGACUAGUGCCACCUUUACCAAGCCUGGCUUUAAUCUCUUUUCCUAACUGGCUAAGGGUAGCAGCAGGGGCCCCUGCUGCUGCUGCUCCUGGGACGAGCUCUCCCUCCCCUGCCACUUCCAUUCCGCCCCAGCAGGCGAGGUGCCCACUCGAUCAGUCUGGGCUUGUGCAACUCCGUAGUAUUGUCACCAGCUGCCGUUGGUGCCAAGGAUGGAAUACACUGCGGCCAGGAGUCGCUGUAGUCACGGGGGGCUAUGUCCGUUAGUUACAUAUAGCAGCCAUUCACCUGCUAUCCUGUGUGAUUGCUAUGGGCCUGGAUCUCCACUGCCCUGCCCCUGGUGUCCUCACUUGCACUAGUGCAAGGGGAGUGUAGAGCACUGCCAGUCCGACUCCCUUUGCACAUGGCAGCACAAGGUGCAGGGGUCCUGUGUCUGGCUGCCUGGCAAACCUGCCCUGUGAGCUCUGCGUGGAAAAGCUGGGUCAAUAGUAAAGUGUUGGGGGGAGUCGGGGGGAGGAUUCAUUCCUCUGCUUGCACUUUGUCACUAGCACUCGCCUGGCUCGUGGUGAGGGCACCCAAUGGCAGAAGAAACCACUGUGAAAUGCAUCUGAACAAAGGUGUUGUGUAGGCCUGUGAGCAGGGCCCGUGCUCUGUGCUGUCUGUCUGCGCUCAUGCCAGGCGGAGCAGCCUGGAAUACACACUGACUGUACUGGCUCACCCUGUCCUGUGUCCUGCUGUGGCCGAUGUACAUUCAGUUGCUCUCACCACUGCGUGGCAUGUACCUGGCCGGUUUUCUAGGGAGAAGUUGCCGUAUUUUUUUCCAUCAGUUCCGGUUUUACUCUUUGUUUGUUUUUUAUUUAAAGCUCGGCGCUUAAAGUAACAGACAUGGAAGAAGCUGACCUACCCAAAGCUUUAAUUAGUUACUCAAAUAAUUUGUAUAAUGGAUUUAAAUGGGGAAAAUGGCUCAUUCGGUUUCCCUUUCACUUAAGAGAGAAUGUGGCGCUCCAUUCGCUAUGCAGGGAGGGAGUGUGGUCUAGUCAUGGUUAGAGGACUUGGAUUCAGGACUCAGGUUCUGUUCCUGGCUCUGCUGCUGACUCACUGUGACACCUCAGGCAAGUCGCUUUGCUUCUCUGUGCCUCAGUUUCCCCAUCUGUAAAAUGGGGAUAAUAAUACUGACCUACCUCACAGGUGAGUAACCAUUUGUAAAGUGCUUUGAAAUCCUUGGAUGACAAGUGCUAUAGACAGGCACAGUGUCAUUAGGAGAGAGCUACUUGGAAGGUUAGAAACUGAUCAGGUGAAACAUGCAUGUAUUUCACCGUCAAUGUGGAAAUCAGAUUUCUCUCUGGACACUUACUGCUGGCCCCUCAGCUGGCGAGAACGGAGAGAUCUUUUCAGUUCUCUGCGGUUCUGUUCUGUUUGCUUGGUGACUUUGUCCACACUCUAUAGAGUCAGCCUGGCUGAUUCGCUGCUGAUCGAUGGCGCUUCCUGUCUCAUGCUCUAGCCUGAUGACAGGAAGCUCCCUGCACACUGUCCCCCAGUCCUGCAAAAAGGCUCGUCUCCGUAACAGCAGCAACAAUAUUGAAACUGAAGAGAGAGCAGGCAGUGUUCAGGGAGAGGUGCCAGAGACAUGACGGAAUUGCUAUUGAAGGGGUUUGGGUACUGCAGUGAUGGGUGGCCAUAUAAACCCUGAGACAGAAACAGGAGGGGGAACAGAGACAGGCCUGAGAUAGUUGGAGUUGUUCUCUGACUUAAAACCCUUGAGUACAUAGGGAGCUGGAAAAUCCUUCUCCAUAUGAAUGAAAGGGAUUAAAAACAGCCCCAGACAUGCUAUUCCAAGGUCCUAUAGCUGAAAAUGGAAAUUUAAAAAAUUCUCCAUUUAAAAUAAUUCUAUUGACUGUGACCCUUUAAAAUCAUGUGAUUUGUUGUUUGAAUGUCACAAACGAACUUCAUUACUUGUGUGGGCUGUAUCUUUGCCUUUGUUAGGCUUGGUCUACACUAAACCCCCAAAUCGAACUAAGGUACGCAGCUUCAGCUACGUGAAUAACGUAGCUGAAGUUCGAAGUACCUUAGUUCGAACUUACCUCGGUCCACACGCGGCAG